AUGACUUCAGGGCCAUACAAUUAUUCUUAUAUAUUUAAAUAUAUUAUCAUUGGCGACAUGGGGGUUGGUAAAUCUUGUCUUCUACAUCAGUUUACAGAGAAAAAAUUUAUGGCAGACUGCCCUCAUACUAUUGGUGUCGAGUUUGGAACCAGAAUUAUUGAAGUGGCAGGUCAGAAAAUCAAGCUUCAGAUAUGGGAUACCGCUGGACAAGAGAGGUUUCGAGCUGUAACUCGCUCUUACUAUAGAGGGGCAGCAGGUGCCCUUAUGGUAUAUGAUAUAACAAGAAGAUCUACUUACAAUCAUUUAAGUAGUUGGCUGACAGAUACUCGCAACUUGACUAAUCCUAGUACUGUAAUAUUUUUGAUUGGAAAUAAAUCUGAUUUGGAUGGCCAACGAGAUGUUACAUAUGAGGAGGCAAAGCAAUUUGCAGAUGAAAAUGGAUUAAUGUUUGUUGAAGCCAGUGCAAAAACUGGUCAAAAUGUGGAGGAAGCUUUCCUUGAAACAGCAAAAAAGAUAUACCAAAGCAUUCAAGAUGGCCGUUUGGAUUUAAAUGCUGCGGAGUCUGGAGUUCAACACAAACCUGCCUCCCCUGGGCGUCCACUUGCAGCGCCUCCUGCCUCACGGGACAAUUGUGCCUGCUAA